CUUUGCGCGGCUACUUCCAGUUGGCAUUCGGUUCAUUCAAUCAAUUCUCAGUUAUUGUGAAUUUGUGACCGCGUGAUCACAGCCGCCGUCGAGAUUCGCAUCUCCUGUGUUGUUAGCUAUUUCUAUUGAAGAAUUUUGAGUGAAAAUGGGAGAUAAUCAAGCCGGUGAAUACACCAACUUGUUCGUAUUGGGCAGCGUAACGUUAAUCAUCGGUAUAAUCAUCCAAAUUAUUUACAAGACGAUUUUUAGAGGCAAGAAAAAUGAAGCUUUGAAAACUGAAGUGGAAAGCGAAGGAGAGGCUCCCGCACCUGAAAAGAUUUCCGAGAAGGCAGUAACGGACAGCCGCGCCAGUGGCAAGAGAAAGAAGCAGGCACCGUGGAAGGGCAAGACAGACUUCACCCACCCCUGGCUGCUCAAGAACCUCAAAGGACACCCUGGCACCGUCCUCCUUGUAGACUUCUCUGCGAACGGCAAGUUCAUGGCCGCAACCUGUGAUGAUGGCUCUGUGAUUCUGUGGGACAUCCGGGAUCUGAACCAAAAGGAGCACAAGACGCUCCGGGUGAACAUCGAGUUCGACUACGCGUCCCACGUGGCUUGGAGCCCCGACUCCAAGGCCUUCAUCGUUCACACUGUGCAGGAGAACCAUAUCGUCGUCUACAAGAUAGAGAAGAAGAAGGACGGCGCCAUUGGGUCCGCUUCCCCGGUCAUCACCUUCGAUAAGGUUCAUCAGGACGACGUGAUUGGCUUUGGCAUAUCGAGCAAUGGGAAGUUUAUGAUGUCCUGCUCAUCGAAGACUGAUAUGGUGAUAUGGGACCUCAAAGGGCAACAGUUAACAAGACUGGAUACGUAUCUAAUGAACACGCAUACGGCGAAAAUAUCGCCGUGUGGGCGGUUUGUGGUCGCUACCGGGUUUGCGCCGGACGUCAAAGUGAUGGAAGUGUGUUUCACGAAGACGGGGGAAUUCAAACAAGUGGCGAAAGCGUUUGAGCUGACCGGCCACUCGUCGGGGGUGUAUGACGUGGCGUUUGACGUGGACACGUCACACGUCGCCACCAUAUCCAAGGACGGCACGUGGAAGCUAUAUCACACAAAGAUCGAGUAUACGCGAGGCGAGUCUCCGCACGUGCUGGAAACGGGCACGUACACCCAGACAGCGAACGCGCCUCACAUCGCGCUGUCCCCCAACGCGGAGGUGCUAGCUGUCUCCGUCGACAACUCCGUCGAGUUCUACGACACAUACACCGGCCAGCUGUACGAUACCGUCGAGAACUUGUAUUCAGGGUUAAUAAACUACAUGAAGUUCGACGCCAGCGGCAAAUAUCUGUUCGUAUGCGGCGACCGCGUGGUGCGGGUCCUGCAUAAUGUGUGCGGGUACUACACCACCAUAGCCAGCUGCGGCCGACUGUUGGGCCAGAAGCAGACCUCCGCAACUAUUGAACGACUCAACAAAACUAUAAAGGAAUGCAAAGACAUCCUCGCUACAUUCGGCAAGUAACGCCACCUAGUGGCAACAUUGAUAAUUAUCUCGUCAUUUGCAUUUAUUUUCAUACUAAAGAUUAUACUUCUCUAUUUCCAGUGAGCAUUUACAUGAGAUUCUCGUAUUAUUUUUUGGUCACAAUACUAAAUUAAGAUAUAUUUAAAUGAUGGUCCAUUGACUUUAAAGUAUUUAAUGUAAAAUAUAAAAUUGAUGUUCUAAGUAUUGUCAUGACAUGACUGAUAACUUUAACCAUAGGAAGGUAAUGAUACGAAUUAAAUAUUGUCAUUGAUGUUGUUAGUAUCUACCAAUGUUUAGAUUUUUAAGGACGAUCUGUUUUAUUUGUCUAUGAAACUGUUCCUAUAUACAAUUUUAGUGGCAGUAAGAAAAUACAAAGAACAUUAAAUCGAAAUCAACAUGUAAGAACUUGAUUUCGAUUUGGGGCCUACUUAGUGAUAUUUCCUACUACAAUUUUAGUUUUUUAUUCAUGUUUUAUAAAAUUUAUUGUAUUCUUAUAUACUGUAUUAUCGUUUCUUACGUACUUGUAAUAGGAGAAAUAAAACAAUUGAAGAAUA